GACAGCUUCCUGUGGAUGAACACACAGAGUGAAGGAGUGAAGGAUUUGGAUUUCAGAGAAUGGAGUUUGAAGGAACUAACUGGCGUUCCUUAAGAAAAGGUUACUCAUGCUGGACCCUUCAGGAACUACAUGGCUGAUCGUGGAGGACAUAGUACAAUAGGGUGAAGAGAGAUGCAACAGCAUGCUCAGCUAUUUGUGCAAAUGACUUCCUACACAUGUGAUCACUCCUACACAUAUAAUUUCAGAGUUAUGCAGAUAUAACACUAAAAGGUAAAAGGUACCUAAUAAACUGUCAAAUUAGUGCAUGUAAAUCGUGAAUUGCAGUGAACGAUUAUUGCUUCUGUAUCAAAUCUGCUGUGCUUUUUGUCAUUUUGACAAUCAGUGCUAGAAGUUGAAUGAGCUGCAUUGUACAUGAGAUUAUAUAAUGAGCUCUGGUGGAAAAUCGUAUGUGUUAAAACAGGUGAAUAUAUAGUGUACAAAUGAAAAAUGUGGGCUUGAUAACAUUUGAGUAACAUGCUAAUUUUAUGACUAGCAUAUGGGGUAGGACUACAGAUGAAAACACAAUUGUAGAUGUUUUCUGUCAGUGAACUAUUUUUGUGUAGUAUAAUGCAGUCGAAGUAGUGUAAAAUGUUUACUGCGAAUAUUUAGGCGGUGACCAAAAUGGGCGGUGGUUUCAGGCAGCUGUAGCAUUACACAUAGCACAUGUGAUGUGAAGACAAGAAGAAGAAAAAAAAUUCUGGGAAAUCUUGUUGCCUCACAAGGCCAGCCACGUCAUUUCCUUCAAUGACAAAUGUGUGGUUUCAAGUCUUUAAAACCUUUUGCCGGGCUGCCGAUCAUGACUAGUUUCAACCUCUGUGCAUGAAGAAAUGAAUGGUCAUGAUAGGAACAUGCAGGCCCACAGAUCACAUUCAACAUCCAUGCUCUUCCUGUUAGGUGUUGCCCUGUUGACCAUAAUUCACUUGGUGAACACAACAGUUCCAUGCACCGAAAACAAAUCCAAGAUUCUUCAGAAGGGAGUGAAGCUUGCCAGGUUAAUGAAUAGGACCACUGCAGAUAUCAUAAAGACAUAUCAAGCCUAUCAAGGGGACUUUGCAGAGCAGUUCUGCAAAAUGUCAAUGGACAAUGUGCCGGCCUCCACGCUUUCUGGCCAGACUUCAUCUGAACGCGUGCUUAGCAUUUACACUCGUCUAAAGGAGUUCCUGCCACAUGUGAAGAAGGUGCUGGAGCAACAGAGUGACCUGCAGCCCCCCUCUAGCCCUCUGCUCCCUGUCUUGUCUCAGAUCAAGGAGCAAAUCAUCCACCUUGCCCAGAGGGUGAACUGCAUUUUCCAAAUCCUGCAGCCCAACAUCCUCGUGCCAGAGCCACCAGCAUGGCCCACCAGAAUUCCUCCUGCUCAAAACAUCUUUCAGCAGAAGGUCUACGGCUGUGUGGUUCUGACUAGGCUCAGUGAAUUCCUCUCCACAACACUUGAUGAACUGAAGUCACUCAAGGGCAGUAUGGGCAAAAAAAGGACUGGAGAACUACUGAGCAAUAGUUGGAAUUAAUUAGGGUUUGUCUGUUUUAUUUAUUAUUUAUUUAUUUUUGCACAUACUUUCUGUAAAUAUUAAGAAUGGGACUACACGUUUAAGGCAAUUGCCACCAAAUAUAUUUAUUACAUUAAUUUAUUAUAAUAUGUAACAAUUGAUUAAAAUGUAUAAAUUGUCCUAGAUCACUGUAAGUCUCUUUUAAUAUUGUAUCAUACCCUUUUGGGCAAUGAUGUAAAACAAUAUCUGCUUAUCAAAGGGCUACUGUGGAACUAAGGGCCAGUUUUCUAGACCCAGAUUAAGCUUAAACUGAGAUUUUAAAGAUAUUUUAAUGGGGAAUCAACAUUGACAUUACAAUUGAGUCCAAGACCUGUGAUGUUAUGUACUUUAUUGGUCCUACAAGGGAAAAAUUGUCAUUUUGCUGCCUAACUACACUCAAUUUGGGAGCAUCAC